AUGGAGUCAUCCGACACAUUUAACUUUACAGAAAUUCAAGGAGAUCUUUUCACCGAUCACCCACCUGGAGAUUCGCUUGCACACUGUAUUUCCGAGGAUCUUCGUAUGGGAAAAGGAAUCGCUGAUAUCUUUAAAAAAAAAUUUCGAGGUCUCCAAGAAUUGAAAGAACAAAAUAAAAAAGUUGGACAAGUCGCGUAUCUUGAACGUGAUGGUCGAUAUAUAUUUUACAUUAUCACCAAGGAAAAAUAUUUUCAUAAACCAUCUAAAGCGAAUUUCGAGCGUGCAUUAAAUGACCUAAGAGUUGUGUGUGAGGAGAUGGGAGUCAAGAAUUUGAGUAUUCCUAGAAUUGGAACAGGCUUAGAUAAGUUGCCGCUUGAAUAUGUGCAUAAUGUUAUUGAUGCGACUUUUCAGGGAUCUGAUAUGAGAAUCUUAAUGUAUUAUUUGUGA